AUGUGUGUGUUCUCAGCCUGAGAAACCAAGCAAUGAAACUUUGCAGAUGUGGAGGAGUAUGAAUAAGUCUGUAGAAAAUAUAGCAUGGAGUAACCUUACAGUUUCUGAAUGUUUAGAAUUUCAUGGUGUGUUUCGUGGAUCAGCUUGUGGCCAUCACAGACCAUAUAUUCCAGAUGUUUUCUUCUGGUCUGUCAUAUUAUUCUUCACAACAUUUUUCCUCUCCUCUUUCCUUAAGCAGUUCAAGACCAAACGCUAUUUCCCAACUAAGGUGCGUUCUACCAUCAGUGACUUUGCAGUAUUUCUGACCAUAGUAAUCAUGGUUUUGAUUGACUAUCUUGUAGGAGUACCUUCUCCUAAGCUUCACGUUCCAGAGAAAUUUGAACCCACCCGAAAAGACCGAGGAUGGUUCAUAGAUCCUCUUGGAAGCAAUCCUUGGUGGACACUCUUGAUAGCUGCUGUUCCUGCUUUACUCUGUACCAUUCUUAUUUUCAUGGAUCAACAAAUAACAGCUGUUAUUAUAAACAGGAAAGAGCAUAAGCUGAAGAAAGGCUGUGGUUAUCAUCUUGAUCUGCUCAUGGUUGGUGUUAUGUUGGGGAUAUGUUCUAUCAUGGGCUUACCGUGGUUUGUUGCUGCAACUGUCCUGUCUAUAAGUCAUGUUAACAGCCUGAAAGUUGAAUCUGAAUGCUCAGCACCAGGAGAGCAGCCAAAGUUUUUGGGAAUCCGGGAGCAGCGAGUGACAGGAUUGAUGAUUUUUGUCUUGAUGGGGCUGUCGGUGUUCAUGACCUCUGUGUUAAAGUUUAUUCCAAUGCCAGUUUUGUAUGGUGUCUUCCUUUACAUGGGAGUAUCUUCAUUAAAAGGCAUUCAGUUUUUUGACCGUAUAAAACUGUUUGGAAUGCCUGCCAAACAUCAGCCUGACCUGAUUUACCUGCGUUAUGUGCCACUCUGGAAGGUCCAUAUCUUUACAGUUGUUCAGCUCACUUGUCUAGUUCUGUUGUGGGUGAUUAAAGCCUCUGCAGCUGCUGUUGUUUUCCCUAUGAUGGUUCUAGCAUUAGUGUUCAUUCGCAAGCUCAUGGAUUUAUGUUUCACCAAAAGAGAGCUUAGCUGGCUUGAUGAUCUUAUGCCAGAAAGUAAAAAGAAGAAAGAAGAUGACAAAAAGAAAAAAGAGAAAGCAGAAGCAGAGAGAAUGCUUCAGACAGGGGACAACGAAAGUGUACACCUUGCAUAUGGAGAAGCAAAUUUGGAUUUUCCUGUAAAAACUCUAAAAUACAGCAUUGAUCCCUCAAUUGUAAACAUAUCAGACGAAAUGGCCAAAACUGCACAGUGGAAGGCUCUUGCCAUGAGUACUGAGAAUGCCAAAGUAACCAGAGCUAACCUGAGCCCUGAAAAACCAGAAAGUGUGAAAAUAAAUGUGGAAGAUUCAUCUGUUGUGAAAUACGUGGAUGCUGAGACAUCUUUAUAGAACCAAGGGGAAUUGCGUCUAUUUGUGUGUGUGUAUAUAUAUCACUGUAGGAUAUUAUACCAUUGAAGUGUGAUUUCCAAUUUAAGGAGCAACCUAUAUUUAAUUCUGCCAUUGUUUAGGGCACUGUAGAUAUGCUUGCAUAAUGAGAAGAUUUUCCUACAAAUAAGAUGAGUGGUAAUCACACUUCAGCUAUUUAUUUUAUUGGAAAUUUUAUUUUCAUUUUUAAAUAGGAAGAUUGUAAUGAAUCCAUAUUAUUUUCAAUAAUCAAUAUGUGCAGAAAAGUUAAAUCAGCGUUUUCUGAUGAUUACUGGUCCACAUUGCUUAAAAUUUUGCAAUACCUCUGUUUAUAAUGUGUGCUACAGAAGUUUGUUUUCCAUGCAGGCAAUUACUGCUUGUUUUUGCAGGGUAUACUUUUUUUUUGUGAUUUCAUAGAACAAAUAUUAAUGUGCUGUUGACAAGAACUACUGUGUUUUAUGUCUCCACUACAUGCUAGUGUUUUCUGGAUUCUGUCUCUCCUAUUUUACAGAAGUGGCCUAGAGCCCUAGGUCAGGUGAUUAGUUACUCCUCAAAAUAUCCAUAAAUACCCUGUUCUGCCUUUUUUUUUUUUAAAUUCACUCUUGAUUUUUCAUUAUUGUCCAGUAGCAGUACGAGUCCAGUCAUUGUAGUUACAAUCCAAAGCCAGUAUUUGCCAUUCUGGAC